GAUUUCUGUUUAUCAGCUACUUUACUUGAUAAAAUAUAUUGCAUUGCUCUGUUUAAGUGUUAUAAAUUAUGGGAAAUGAUAAUGAAAAUGCGACAUCCAAAGAAAAAUCUAACCAGCCAGAAAAUGACCAACAAAACAACCAGAAAAGUGAAGCCUGGGGUUACGAUUUGUACCCGGAGAGAAGAGGAACUUUUCAGAAGAAAUUAACAAAUAUAUUAAUCGGUAAAGAAGGAAAGGAAAAUAUUCAAAAGUUGAAAUGCGAAAAGAACGUUUACGAAUGUGUUAAAAACAGUCCAAUGGUAAAAAUUAUGAUGGCUGCCCUAAGGAGCUCUGGUUGCCCCAUUGACAUCCGAAGGCAUAUAUCAUGUGAGGUUUGUGAUUACUCUGUGAGUGGAGGCUAUGAUCCUGAACUAAACCAGAUUGUAGUUUGUCAAAAUGUAUCACGGGCAUAUCGGAUGGUCCAAGGAGUCCUUACUCAUGAAAUGAUACACAUGUUUGAUUAUUGCAAGAAUGAAUUGGACUUUAAAAAUAUGGAGCAUUUGGCGUGCACGGAAAUAAGGGCAGCCAAUUUAACUCAUUGCUCUUUUGUGAGUGCAUGGUCACAGGGUGAUGCCUCCUGGUUCAAACUGAAGAAGGCACACGAGGACUGCGUUAAGUCGAAAGCUCUAUACUCUGUGCUAGCAGUGCGUCAGAUUGGACGAGAAGAGGCUAUUGACGUUAUUGAGAAAGUAUUUCCAAAAUGCUACGCUGAUUUGGAACCGAUUGGUCGUAGAAUAAGAAGAAAUUCUGAUGAUAUGCUCAGAGCAUUUAAAGAGGCAGCAUAUUAUGGCUAUGAAUGAGUAUUAGGCAUGUUGUGUAAUGUAAAUAAUAUAUUUAGUAAAAUUAGGAGAUAUACAUAUAAAAAAUAAACAUAUUUAAAAUAAA